AUGUGGAGAUGGUGGGAGGCAGUGGUAGAUUCAGCAGGGGAAGCGAAUGGAGCUGAACGCAUCCAACUCACGGUAAAUGUCCUUUGGCAGCUAUGGAAAGCUAGGAACAAAAUGGUGUUCCAGAUGGAGAACGUGGAUGCAAAAGCUAUUGUCGACAAAGCUCAACUGGAGUGGCUGGAAUAUAUUGCGGCUAAUGAAACAGACCACCAAACACAUGCUUCACCAGAAAUGGAGGUACACGUUCCGCAGCAUUGGGAGCCACCCAAGGAAGGUAUUAUGAGAAUUAACACGGAUGCAGCAAUUUCAGCUAUAAUGGUCAGGACCGGAUUGGGAAUCAUCGCAAGGAAUUGGCAUGGGCAGAUUGUGAAAGCUCAAGGGAUCAUAGGAAGAAGAAGAAGCGAGGCGGCCACAGAGGAAUCACUGGCCAUCAGAAGCGCAUUGGAGAUGACUCAGCUUGCAGGAUGGACAAAAAUAGAAGUCCAAUCUGACUGCAAGAAUAUUGUUAGCUCUAUUAACCCGGACAAUGUUCAGGAUUGUAAAAUUCAAACAAUCCUUGAAGACAUUGAGGCCCUAAAGAAUAGCUUUGAUAGCUGCCUGUUCUCUUUUGUUCCCAGAACCGUGAAUAUUUGUAGUCAUGCACUGGCUCAGUUUGCAGUUAGGUCGGUUCAAAAUUUUGAAUGGAAAGAUUCAUUUCCAAUAUGGCUAUCACAGUUAGCUAGUAAGGAUAUGGGGUAG